AUGGCUUCGUGGAUGCCAGCCUACUUCCAGAAGCGUCUGCUCCGGACUGCUCUAUCGCGUAUCGCUUUGCUGGAUGUAGACUCGUUGGAUCUCGACUCCUUGGGCGUGAAGAUCGGCAGGUCCAGCACUGUCGAGCUCAAGAAUGUCGGUCUCCGUGUCCAGGAACUCUCUGCCCUGCUGCAACUUCCACCCAACCUUCGCCUUCAGAUCGCCCGUGUCUUGUCGCUACGCCUAACUGUCCCUGCCAACUUCUUCCAACAGAGCAUCGUCGCCGAAGUAGAUGGUAUCGAGAUCCAAGUUAUGGCAGACGUGCCUGCUAGUCCCGACGACAAUGUCGCCGACGCAAAGGUCCCAGACCAUCGCAAGACGAACCGACGAAUACACUCUCCAAGCCCUCCUUACCAUGACAAGAAACAAGAGUUGGAGGCUCGCUAUAUGGCCAAGUCAUCUAUGAGCGAUUCAAGCGAUGAUCUAGGCACUGGCACAAGUCUGGGUCUUCCAGGUAUCAUUGCCACUUUUCUGCAAGGAAUUGUGGAUCGUAUACAAGUCAGAAUCAAGGACGUCAGCAUCAGGCUGUCUCUCCACGAUUCGACUCCUGAAGCAUCGCCAAUGACCUUCAUUGCUCAUCUGGCAGACAUUCAUGUCAAUGCUGCUGUUCCAUCUAGUGCUGAAAACGAUAAGGGUCACCAACUGCCUGCUGGAAAGCGAAGGCAGAUCGCUCUGGAUGGGCUCAGCAUUCACCUCGUGCGCGAGGAACGAUACGCUCACACGCAUACAUCCGUAGCUGAUUUGUUUGCAUCUUAUACCUCGAAAUCUUCUAGCGUCAUGUCACAAUCGACCAUUGGACAGUCAUUCACAAGUGCACAGGCGCCACAGACCGCUUCGAGUUCGAGGCUCAUAAACCACGAUGCGGACUUUGGCCCCAAUCGCGAGACCGAAAACGAGAGCUUUGACGCUGAUACUACUCCGCUUUUGUCUCCUCUCGAACCAGAAGAUGGACCUGAUUUGACAGAAUCUGUGGUCUACAGUCAUGCUGAAGCGGAGAGCAUGUACAUGAGUGCCGUGGGCCAAGAGCCAGGAUCUCCAGAUAUCAAAGCGUUGCCAGGAGGCUGGAACUCUGUCAUAGAAGACGAAGACUUGGAUCCUCCAUUCUUGUCGCAGCACUUAAAUGAACAACCCGGCUAUGAGUUUGAAGACAGAGCUCCUACACCAACCUUGAGAAACCAGUCACCUGAAUUGGGGCGCCAGUCUGCUAUCGAAGGACAGGACUCAAAGGAGACAUCUCUCACGUAUGUCUCAAAAGAGAUUCUAAUUAUGCGCGGGCUGAAAAUUGGCAUCUGUCAAUUUCCACGCAAGAACAAACAGGUGCACCAGGUAGAAGACUCGAUUUCGCAGAGUUUGAUGACAACUUCUGCCUUUCAGCAAGCCCCGGGUGCAUUCUCGAUCUAUGCUGGAUCUGGCCGUCCAUCUGUGCGGUUCAACCCGCCCCUUGCACCUGACGUAGCCAUGGUGCCUGACGAAGGUGAGGCGAUAGACACAACGAUCGAGAUUGACGUGACUCCGAUUACGUUGCAGUUGGAUGCUGGUACUAUCCGUUCUUUGAUCACGGUCAAGCUCAGUAUUGGCAAUUUCACGUUCACGGCUGGUACCAAUGACAUUGUCUCAUUCGAUCUUACAAAGCCCCAAUCAGAAUCAAGGAGUUCUCAACACGCGAUCACCGCUACAUCUACCACAAAUACAACGCUCACAGGGGAAAACGUGAGGAGGAUAGAAGCCGAACUACUUCCACUCCGUAUCAAUUUGAACCUGGUGAAAUUUGACGAAGACUUCAACACACUAGGUGGUAUGAUUGGCAUCGUUGAGAUGAGCUCCUCCUUGUUCUCAAGUGGAUACUUUUCCAACAAGCAAGAAGCCUCCACACCGCCACGCAGAGGGGUCCGUUUCCAAGAAUCAAUGACCAACGAGAGCACUGCGCCUGAGACAAAGUUUAAUGCACGACUGGCCAGGAUCGAUGUAAUGUUGAUCUCGAAGUCAUGUGCUGUGGAAUUGCAAGCAUCCUCGACAAAAGUUGUACAUCGACAAAGUGGUGUCAUUGUUGGCAUUGACAAAUUGUCUCUCGCUUUACCCGCAUUAGACACUUCGGCUGUUCCUUCCGACCUCGACAUCGCUAUGAGACAGGUUAAAAUGGUCUAUACCUUCUUGCCAUCACAACAAGAUCUGAGUCGCCUUAUAUCUCUUGUUACUCCGUCAAAGAACAAGUACGAGAACGAUGAUGAUAUCUUGAUCGAUACGCUUCUCAGGCAGAGGAGGAAAGGGUCAGUUUUGAACGUACAAGCAUCGUCUUUCCAGACGUGUAUUCACCAGUGGGACUUUGUACCACAUCUCCAGUCACUCGGCGAAGAGCUCAUUAAACUAUCGGCGGUCACGAAAUACUUGCCUGAGGACGACGCUCCUGGAAUCCUGUUCCUAGUUAAGCUCGCCAACACAAAACUCACAGUACCUGUCCAUGAGAGAUUCGGACUUUUGCAUGUUUCUUUGAUAAACAUACAGAUUGCUCAUGUCGGUCUACCCGCCCUCUCUGCCCUCUCUGUGGGGAACAUCAGCUUGAUUUCUGCAGGGGGCAAAGAGAUUGUCCAUGACAUGCUUCCCGGAGCUUGCUCAGAGGAUUAUCCUAUGCUUAUGAUGCGCAUGGUCGGUGACGAGGUAGAACCCGUGGUGAAGUUAAAGCUUUUCAACAUCUGCAUAGAGUACGACGUUCCCACGCUCCUAUCUCUCACCAACACCGAGACCGCUUCAGAGGUAGAGCAGAAAGUACAAGAUCUUGCCGCGUCUGCUCUUGACAUAUCCACUCUAGAGCUUAAGAAGACAUCACAGUCUGCACCCGUAGCCAAAAGACCAUCCGAGAGUACUAAGAAAAAGCUCGCCAUUGACGUCUUACUACAUGGUUGCGGUUUUGGUUUACAACCUAGAGAAUUGGAGUCAAAAGGCCUUCUCUUACUGAAUGACACAAAAUUCGGCACUUCGGUUCCACCGGACGAGUCCUUUGAGGCUGUCCUCAACAUUCGACAAGCAACCCUUUACGUCGUUGACCACGAAGUCGUGCCAUCUGCCAAGGGACCAGCCUCUCCUACUUCAUCUCCUCAGCCCAAUCACUCGUUACAUCUCCAAACUUAUCUUCUCAAUAAGGGCUAUGUUGCCGUCAGUUCAAUCAGAUCCGCUCAAGCCAUUGUGUGCGUUCUUGAAGAAGGGCCCAGUCGCGACAGAUUCAUAGAUGUCGAAUUGCGCGACGAAUUCUUCUUGUUGGAGACGUGCGCAGAUUCUACACAGACUUUGAUUGCUGUCCUUAAUGGUCUAUCGCCCCCUGCAGUCGCCAAUAAUAAUCCCAAGUUUCGUCCUCAGCCUGACACUGGGCUCAUGACGUUGGACGAUAUGGUAAAUUCAUUCUCGGGUGAAGCGUUCGUCAAACCUGGCCCUACUCCCUCUGCGUUGUUUGAUGCUGAUAUAGACCUGCCACUAUCUGACGAAGACAGUCUGAUGGUUGGCACGGAUACGGCAUUGGAUUCGAUGGAUGAAGGCAUGGAUUUCGAAGAUGCAGACUUCUACAGCGGAGGCAACCUUCAAUCAGACACUGUCGAAACCCACGAGCAGCAGAAACAGUUCCCAGUGCAAGUCCGGGUUCGAGAGGUCAACAUCAUCUGGAAUCUGUACGAUGGCUACGAUUGGCAACGUACCCGCGAAACGAUCACUCAGGCGGUCGAAGUUGUGGAAAUGAAGCUCGAAGAACGUAAGUCGAACAGACGAAGAUCCAACACCUUCGAGGAGGACACCGAGACGGUCAUUGGUGAUUGCUUGUUCAAUUCAAUCUACAUAGGUGUUCCGUCGGCUCGCGAACCAGCCGACCUUCGCCAUUCGAUCAGCAACCUGAUAAAUCAAGGAAAUGAGGCUGCUAGUGAGACGGAGAGUUAUGCCACUACUGGCAUUUCCAGGCCCAGCCAAGCCGACAUCAGCCGCCAGAAAAAGCUUCGAAAAAAGCGACUUCGUCUUCAACGUGGUGCAUCCCACAAACUCGGAUUUGAGCUCAAAGGGGUCUCCCUUGAUUUCUUGAUACAUCCACCUGAUAGCGGCGAAGCGCAAAGCUCUGUUGAUGUCAGGGUGACAAACUUCGAAAUCUUUGAUCAUGUACCGACCUCGACCUGGAAGAAGUUCUUAACGCUCCACAACGAUAAGAAAAACAUGCGCGAGAUGAUGAAGCCUAUGAUACAUCUGGAACUCUUGAAUGUUCGACCUGUGCCAGAAUUAGUAGCCACCGAGAUGACUAUUCGUGCUUCUGUUCUACCGCUACGCCUGCAUGUCGACCAAGACGCACUGGAGUUUAUGACCCGCUUCUUCGAUUUCAAAGACGACUCGCAAAGGCCUGCCGAUGCUCCUGCCGAGCCACCAUUCAUACAGCGGCUGGAGGUCAAUACUGUCAAUCUGUGCCUCGACUACAAGCCGAAGAAAGUCGAUUAUGUCGGUCUGCGAGGUGGUCGCAUGUCUGAGUUCAAGAAUUUCGUGACUCUCGAAAAGGCUGAUAUCAAGCUGAAGCAUGCGAUCAUCUACGGUCUGAGAGGGUUUGACACGCUGCAUGACACUUUGAGCGACAUCUGGACACCCGAUGUGAUACACAAUCAGCUCCGUGGAGUGCUUGCUGGUAUUGGGAUGACGAGACCCCUGGUUGAACUUGGCAUGGGUAUUCGUGACAUUGUUGCAGUCCCUGUCGCUGAGAUUAGGAAAGACGGUUUCAAGGUUCGCAGCGUGCAGAAAGGGGCCGUCAAAGCACUGAGCACGACUUCAUCCGGGUUUGCACGCCUCAUUGCCAAGGUUGCAAUCGGUACGGGGACUAGAUUGCAAGAGGUCGAAGAUAUGCUCUCCCCGGGUCAGCGCCCCCACACUAACCAAGGGCUGUCAAGUGUUGAGGAAGAAUACGAGCAGCUCGAACCGCGUCAGUUCAGCAACUAUGCAGAUCAACCUUUGGGUGUGCUCCAAGGGUUGCAUUCUGCCCGUCGCUAUCUCGAGCGAGAUCUGACAACUGCACGGGAUGCUAUCAUUGCUGUUCAGGCAGACUUCAUAGCCAGUGGUACUGCCGCAGGGGCUGUUCAAGCGGUGGCUCGACAUGCGCCAACCAUCUUGCUCCAACCUGUCAUUGGAGUCAGCCGGGCAGUCGGUCAGACGUUCAAAGGUGUUGGCAAUCAAGUCGACCGUGACCACAUCAAGAAGUCGGAAGAUGUAAGUUUGUCUUGA